CACCAUUUCACAGUGUAGAAUGGCGCACGAGCAAAACCACUGAGAGCUUCUGAGUUCCCGCAAAAAGACAUAAAAGAGCGAGCGAGCCCAAGCCAUGAGCACCACAGAGAAACAGAAUCAGAAUAAAGAGAAGAAGAAGAAGAAGAAGAAGAAGAAGACCGAACAACCUGAUCACCAUCCAGAGGAGGAACAGCAAAAAAACAAAAAACGCAAGCAGGUCUUCCCUUACGGCAACUACAGAGCCUACUACGGCUAUCGCAUUGGUCAAGAUACGGAGGAGGAUCCUAGAUUGAAGGUUUUCAAGAAGGAAUGGUUUCAAGGCAAGGACUGUCUCGACAUUGGCUGCAAUGCUGGGAUUAUGACUAUUCAAAUCGCCAAAAACUUUUGCUGCCGGAGCAUUCUCGGAGUUGACAUUGACCCUGACCGAGUUCAGGAUGCAUACUGGCACCUCCAAAAACUUAUGAUAAUGAAGAAAGCUAAAAAGACACGGGGAGAUUCUUCCAAGUUGGAGGUUGGUGAGAGUGCAAAUGGGUCAGAUUGCAGCAUUGAAGGUUCAGCAAGUGAAGUAACAAAGGAUGGUAGCCCAAGGAACUGCCCUUCAGAAGAGAUAAAUCUAUCUGACAUAGUCUCUUUCCGAAAAGAAGAUUUUGUUAACAGUCGAGAUUCACCAAAUAAGCAGUAUGACACCAUUCUGUGUUUGAGCGUGACAAAAUGGAUUCAUCUGAAUUGGGGUGAUAGUGGUUUGCUUACACUAUUUACAAAGAUAUGGAAACUACUUCGUCCGGGUGGCAUUCUUGUGUUGGAACCUCAACCCUGGAAGUCUUAUGAUAAGAAUCGUAGAGUUUCGGAGACAACAAAAACCAAUUAUCAUAAUCUUAUAUUCUAUCCUGAGAUGUUUCAGGAUAUACUCCUGGAUAAGAUUGGAUUCAGAACAGUGGAAGACAUCACUUCUAGUGUGACGGGCAGCAAAUCUGGAUUCGACAGACCAAUUCUAGUGUUCCAUAAAUGAUCCGCACAGGAGUAGGGAACUUUACAUGCUCAUCAACUUUUACUGAGACAAUGAAGCUCCAGAGAUGCAUUUUUGGUGAAUGAACAAGGAAAUCAGCAAACCCUUGAAAAGCAUCAAGGGGAUGUGAAUGUUGACUGCUGCAUUCCAUUUUGGUAUCAAUUCUAUUCAUGAUUUUGUUGUUUCUGCACAGCUUUGAGGUUGGGCUUUUGUCAUAUAUUAUACAGGCAAUUGGAAUUUAGUCAAUUUGCUAUCCCAACCGUAUAUUUGCUCCUAGCUGUAAAUGUCAAUCACCAAAGUUUUUUACCUUGCCACAAAAUGUGUAUGUUUCAUGAUUUCGUCAUCCAUACCUAGAACAAGAAACCCAAUUCUUCUCUACUUUUACCAGAAAUCUUAUAUGAAGUGAUGA